AUUUUUUGGUAAAAAAAUCUUUAUUUGAUAAAUUUCAGAGUAAACAUGGAAUAUACUACAAGUUGCAUGAUUUACUACAUAUGUUGGUACGAUCUGUUUCUACACAAGAAUGCUUCAGUGUUAUAGGUGAUGAAGAGUUGCUUUUAGGAAUUCCUAAGACAAUUCGACACUUGUUUGUUUAUACUAAAAAUUUUGAAGUGCUCAGAAAGAUGAAAAGUUUCAGAAAUUUGCGUUCACUUUUCUUGCUCUACAAUCAUUAUGAAGAUUUUGCUGAUGGUGUACUUAUUGAAAUUUUCGAAACAUUGAGAAGCAUUCGUUUAUUGUACAUAUGUGCACCGUGCCUGAAACAUAUACCAGAAGUCGAACAUUUGACACAUCUUAGAUACUUGAAUAUUGUUGAUACCAGAGUCACUCGGUUACCAAGAUCUCUAAGUAAUCUCUAUCACUUACAGUUCCUGAUUUGUGAUGAAAAUUUUUCAAAUUUGAGAGAAGAUGAUUUCUUACCAAGGGAUUUAAAUAACCUUCUUAAUUUGUAUUAUAUGAAACUUCCCUUUCCUGGAAUGUAUGACAUUGGGAAGCUAAACUCUCUUCAAGAGCUUGAUGGGUUCUAUGUUCAGAAUAAGGCUGGUUAUAAGCUUGAGGAGCUGGAGCACAUGAAUGAACUUUGUGUAUUAACAAUCAAUUUUCUUGAAAAUGUGAAGGAUUCUAGAGAUGCUUGCAAUGCCAAAUUAUGUGAUAAGAGGAACCUCACAGAUUUGUCGUUAGUAUGGCGUAACAUUAGACGUAGAGAUCAUUAUCGCUCGAGUGAUCUUAUGAGCCAUGGAGUUUCCAACUUGGAUGAGAACGUGCUUGACAAGCUUGAACCACAUAGUAGUCUAAAGAAACUAAAGAUAAAUUCUUUCAUGGGUACCAGGUCUGCAAUAUGGAUGAACAAUGACAACUUGAUCUCUAAUCUAGAGUACAUCCAAUUGGAAGAUUGCUUGGCGUGGCAAAUUCUUCCUCAUUUUGGGCACCUUCCCUUUCUCAAGUAUCUGUACCUUCGUAAUAUGCCAAAAGUAAAGCGGUUUGAUUAUAAAUUUCAUGGGCAUGAUAAGGAUUGUCUCUUUCCAUCGCUGCAAGUGCUAGAUAUUAAGAAUUUGAACGCAUUGGAGGACUGGUUUGAUACAAGAACAACAGUAAAUGGUUGCUUAUUUCCUUGCUUGACUGCAAUGUGCCUACAUGAAUGUCCCAGUUUGCAGGAGUUGCCCUCUUUACCUCCUAAGCUCAAGGAAUUAGAGAUGGUUAACAUUGGGUGGAAUGCUUUUAACUUGCUACAAGACGCUAGCAACUAUUGCAGUAUUUUAAUUCAAAAUUUGCCCAAUCUGAUCUCUCUCAGAGGAAUGCAUGAACCGGAGACCAUUAAUAAUUACCAGCUCAUACUCAGUGAACUCAUUAUAAAGGAUCCAUUCGUGUUGCUAAUGGUGCCGUUGACAAGGAUCACCUCCAUACAGAAGCUAGAAAUUCAGAACAAUUAUACGUUGUUUUCAUUUCCAAUUGAGGUAGAGCAGUGGUUUCUUAAAGUUAGCUCAUCCCUUUGUGAGCUGAACUUGAAACGGCUCAAAUUUUUGCAGUCAUUCCCAUCCUUUUUGGACAGCCUCUCUUCUCUUAAGAUUUUACGUGUGGAAAAUGUACCUCAGCUCCAGCUGCUUCCCAACAUUCCUUUCUCUCUGGAACGAUUAGAGCUCGUAGAACUCGAAUGCUUACAGUCUCUCCCUUCCUCCUUGGAAAGCCACUGUUCACUCAAGAUUCUAUGUGUGGAAAAUGUUCCUCGGCUCCAACAACUGCCAAACAUCCCUGCCUCUUUGGAACGUUUAGAACUUGCAGAACUCAGAUCAUUGCAAUGCCUGCCAUCUUCUUUGUCCUUCUCUUCCCUCAAACAUCUUGAAUUACGACACAUUCCUCUCCAAAACCUGCCGGACCUCCCUGCCACUUUGUGUGAACUAUGGUUACAAGGUCUUGAGUGCGUGAAUUCCCUUCCCGCUUCUUUUCAUAACCUUUCUUCUCUACAAAAGCUUACUAUUAAUUGGGCUCCUCAGCUCCAGGAAUUACCUGAGCUCCCUCCUUUUUUGUGUUUCAUGUAUUUAUCAUCUCUUACUAAUCUUGAUUGUCUGCCUUCUUGCCUUUCUAGCCUUUCUUCUCUCCAAGAACUUACAAUCAGUGACUCUCCUCAGCUCCGGGAAUUACCAGACCUCCCUUCUUCCUUAAAAUCUUUGUUAAUUUUUAACUGUCAUCCAGAGUUAAUUGAACGCUAUCAAGAGUUUGUGGGCUCUGAUUGGCACAAGAUUGCUCACAUUCCUAAUGUCUAUAUUUAUACUCAGUUGGAGGAUUAGCGGGUUGCCAUGGGCGGCUGGCCGAUCAGAGGUUGCAUGUGAAGGCGAAGUGGACUGGGACCGCGAGGGGCAGCGGCAGACGCGGUUUGGCUCUGUGAUCGGAGGCGGAGCAGUUGCACAGAGCGGAGAAGAAAGUAGGUGGAGCAUUGUUGGUCAGUUCAAGAAUCAUUGAUUGUUCACAUGGAUUGGAGUGGUGGUAGCCAGAUCAAGAACCUCGGUGUAGAUCACACAGGAGUGCGCAAGAAGGGAACACUGGACUCAGGAUUGGACUGGUGGAUCUUGCGAAGUCUCGGGUGUUAAAUCAGGCAAAUUAUUAUGUACCGUCAUCAGACGAAUAGGCUGUAGCGCGCAUAAAUAUCCAGGGAAGACUAACGGGUCAUAGGAUGCUCGGUGCUGGAGCGUGGAUGUGUCGCGCGGGAGCAAGCUAUGCACAAGGCACAUGUGUGCGGAUCAAGCGCGCGUGAUUUAGAAUGCAUGGGAGCGUGGGCUGGAGUCGUGGAUCGAAAUGCAUAGUGGAAGCCGUUCGUGAGUAGGGUUGGGCUUGGUUCGGUGGAUUUGCUCAUGGAGUUAGUGUAAGGAGUCGGUCGGAUUGCAACAAGCAUGAGUUCUUGUAAAUGGGUGUUUUUUUUAUAUUUGAUUGUAAAUAUGAAACAAGGUGGUGGAGAUUGUUAGAUAUUGAUUUAUGUUUUAGUUUGGAUGUUCCUUUGGAUCAUUUUCGAUAGUCUAUAAAUAAGGAAUGAUAUUAUAGA